UGCUUAUUUCCUAACUUGCUUCAUUGUAAAUUGUAAUGCUCCUCCUGAAAGGAUCACUCUAUCUGAGCCUAAAACCCUUAAACAGAGUUAAGCGCUGCCACAACACAAGAGCUCCUUCAAUGGCGGGAGCUACAGGAAGAACCCUCUUCACACUCUCUCUCUCCUCCAACCUCACCACACGCCUCUCUCGUCAUGCCAAGCGCUUCCCAUUUCUCACGCCAUCGAACCCCAUCACCGUUUUGCCACGGUUCAGGCCUCUCUCUUCCAUCGCCGCACCAGAAGUUGCGGCGGAACCUGACCAGAUGAAGCACUCCAUGCUCCUCGAGAGGCUCAGAAGCAGGCACCUCAAGGACAGUGCUAAAACCCCAGAAGCCAAGAAUCCCCCAAAGAAGGGUGCUGCGAGGAAAUCUGAGGAGGAGGAGAAGAAGAAAGUGGCGGUUGCUGGGAGUUUUGAGGAGUUGGGAAUCGGUGAUGAGGUUAUGGGUUCUGUUAGGGAAAUGGGUAUUGAAGUUCCCACUGAGAUACAGUGUAUUGGUGUCCCUGCUGUGUUGGAAGGGAAGAGUGUGGUUUUGGGGUCUCAUACUGGAUCUGGCAAGACCCUGGCUUACUUGCUUCCCCUUGUUCAGUUGCUAAGACGGGAUGAACAAUUGAAUGGAGUACUGAUGAAGCCUAAACGUCCCCGAGCUGUUGUGCUAUGUCCUACAAGGGAGUUGUCUGAGCAGGUUUUUCGAGUUGCAAAAUCAAUAAGCCAUCAUGCAAGAUUCAGGUGUACCAUGGUAAGUGGUGGUGGUCGUAUUCGGCCUCAGGAGGAUUCACUUAAUCACCCCAUUGAUAUGGUGGUUGGUACUCCUGGCAGGAUUCUUCAACACAUUGAGGAGGGAAAUAUGGUAUAUGGUGACAUCAAAUACUUGGUAUUGGAUGAGGCAGACACAAUGUUUGAUAAGGGUUUUGGUCCUGAUAUACGCAAAUUUAUUGGCCCAUUAAAGCAUCGUUCUUCAAAGUCUGAGGGGCUAGGUUUUCAGACUGUCUUGGUCACUGCAACCAUGACAAAUGCUGUGCAAAAGCUGGUUGAUGAGGAGUUUCAAGGCAUUGAACAUCUGCGCACAUCAACGUUGCAUAAAAAGAUUUCUACUGCUCGCCAUGAUUUUAUUAAACUUUCAGGUUCUGAGAACAAGCUGGAUGCAUUACUUCAGGUAUUAGAGCCAAGUCUAGCAAAGGGGAAUAGGGUGAUGGUUUUCUGCAAUACAUUGGAUUCAAGCCGUGCUGUGGAUCACUAUCUUGAUGAAAAUCUGAUUUCUACUGUGAACUACCAUGGGGAGGUACCGGCAGAACAAAGGGUUGAAAAUCUCAAAAAAUUUAAGAGUGACAAUGAAGAUUGCCCUACACUGGUUUGCACAGACUUGGCUGCUAGGGGUCUGGACUUGGAUGUAGAUCAUGUUGUCAUGUUUGACUUCCCAAGGAAUUCUAUUGACUACCUUCAUCGCACAGGUAGAACUGCUCGAAUGGGCGCAAAAGGGAAAGUAACAAGUUUGGUUGCUAAAAAGGACUUGAACUUGGCAGCCAAAAUAGAGGAGGCAAUAAGAAAGAAUGAGAGUUUGGAGGGUAUCACUAAAGAAAGUGUACGAAAGGACAUUACGCGGACCCAAAUCACUGAGCUGAGGGGAAAGAACAAAAACUUGGUAAGAGUUUCAAAAGUUAAGGACAAAUCUGGUGGCCACGCCAGUUCUGGGAAUUCCAGGGCAGGUAUGCAAUCUGGCAAAGGAUCACCACCAGCUAAGUCGGUGAAGAAAGGGAUUAACGUAUCAAAAUCCGGUGACCGUGCCUGUUCUGGGAAUGCUGGGUCAGGUGUGAAAUCUGGUAAAGGAUCACGACCAGCAAAAUCUACAAAGAGAGGGAUUAACGUAUCAAAGCCUGUAAGAUCUUCCAGUGGAAAUAGCUCAAGUAAAGGUUCUUCAGAGGGUAAGCAAACAAGGAAAAAGACGAGUGCCACCAAAUCUACAAAUUCUAAACUCAGUGUUGUGGGGUUUAGGGGGCGGAAUUCAUCAUCAAAUAACAAGCCAUCUUCUUUGUGAAGUGGAGUGGGGUCAUAUGUACUGAAUAAAUAGUAAGUAAAUGGCUCUUAUUUCUGUAUUAUUAGAUAAGAUUUUUUCUGCAGCUAGAAUAGUGUAAUUAUUAACAUGGUUUUGCCAGGCAUUAUAGGUGAACAAUCCAAGAAAAAAUUUAUGAGGAAAAUACUUUCAAACUAAAUAUGCAUGUUUUUCUUUCCAAAAUCGAAAGGGCAUUCUACA